CGUGUGUUGUGUGCGCAAUAAAAAAAAUGUUCCAACAACCACAAGUUUACUGACAAGAAUAUUGCUUUGUUUCAAGCCGAACUGGUUGAACCUGACAAACACAACACAAAAUAGAGAUUAAAUAGUGAUAGACUCCCUUUCAUUGUGAACAUGUUUUCCUCGUCUGCAAACCCAUCGUCAAACUUGUCUUCGGAAAAAGUAUAAAUGCAGAAACAAAUUGCAAAUAUUAGCUUUUAAAACAGACUAUUACAUUGGACAUUUCUUUACAAUCCAAAAUGAAUGACACGUUGGAGACGCCCCCAACUUUCCCAGAAUCUCUGGGCACAUUCACCAUCGUUGACUACAUAGUAUUCAGCAUAGUCCUUGUGGUCUCGGCAGCCAUCGGUCUCUAUCAUGCCUGCACCGGAGGCCAUCAGCGCACCACUCAGGAGUUCUUUGUCGGCGACCGCAAGAUGAAAUUCAUUCCGGUGGGAUUUUCACUUUUGGCGAGUUGGAUGUCAGCCAUCGCUCUGCUUGGGACACCGGCCGAAUGCUACACAUUCGGGACAAUGUUCUGGCUCAUCAGCGGCUCCUACAUUUUGGUUACCGUGAUCGCCGCUCACUUUUAUAUCCCUGUGUUCUACAGGUUACAUCUUACUAGUGUCUAUGAGUAUCUUCAGCUUCGCUUUUGUCGUGCUGUAAGGCUUAUUGGAGCUCUAGCUUUUAUAUUUCAUAUGAUAAUGUACAUGUCAGUUGUACUAUAUGCUCCUGCCCUUGCCAUAAAUGCAGUAACUGGUUUAAAAAUCUGGAUUUCUCUUCUGACUGUCGGAUUGGUCUGCGUCUUUUACACGACACUGGGUGGUAUUAAAGCAGUGAUUUGGACAGACGUCUUCCAAACUAUGGUGAUGUUUACGGGUCUUCUAGCGGUCAUUAUUCAGGGAAGCUUUGCAUUCGGAGGCUUCCAGAACAUAUGGGAGAAAAGUGUUGAUGGAGGCCGUAUCAGUUUCAAUGAACUUGGUAUUGACCCAACUAUACGACACUCUGUAUGGUCGCUAGUCAUCGGUGGUACAUUCACUUUCUUAUCCAAUUACGGGUGUAACCAGCUCUCAGUACAGCGCUACCUCAGCUGCCCCUCAGAAAAAGAUGCAAAACGCGCCCUCUAUGUGAAUUGUCCGCUCAUGUUCAUUAUACUGUCGCUAACCAUGAUGUGCGGUCUUGUGAUGUUUGCCAUGUAUGGGGAUUGCGAUCCACUGCUCAGCGGGAAGAUCACCAAAUCUGAUCAGUUACUGCCGUACUAUGUGGUUAAUGAAUUGGGCUUCAUCCGUGGUCUGCCUGGACUGUUUACUGCUGCCAUCUUUAGUGGAUCCUUAAGUACGGUGUCUUCAGGGAUGAACUCUCUGGCGGCUGUAACCCUUGAAGACGUUCUCCCUCACAGGAGAUUCAGCGAGCCAAGAGCUGCCCUCGUCUCUAAGAUACUAGCUUGUACCUACGGCCUGCUGUGUGUAGGUCUUGCCUAUCUGGCUCGUCAGAUGGGACCCGUCUUACAAGUAGCUCUGAGUCUCAUGGGAUUCAUCGGAGGUCCUCUACUCGGUCUCUUCACCCUGGGACUAUUCUUCCCCUGUGCCAACAAUAAGGGUGCACUUGUUGGUGUUUUUGUGAGCUUCGGCGUAUCAACAUGGAUUGCUAUCGGUAAAUUUCUGAACCCGACACCACUCACCGGUCUACCGACAACCCUAGACAACUGUCCCGAUCUAAACACGACGAUGACGACCCUUGUCGUUGACUACAGUCCUGUUAAUGUGACAACAUAUGAACUUUACAGUCCUGGCUACGAAUCAGCUUUCACUACUGAGCUAACGACAGAAACAACUCCAGAAACAAGCUCUCUGUUAACUACCUUCUACAGUGUGUCCUACCUAUGGUACAGUGUCAUAGGAAUGACUGUUGUACUUGUAGUUGGCGUCAUAGUUAGUCUCAUUACAUGUGGAAACAGGGACGAGCCUGUAGAUUCCUCACUACUGACCCCAUGUAUUGCCAAGCUCCGCUCCUGCAGUUGCAGAAGGGGGUCCCACAAGAUGCAGCGCCUGGAUGACUUAGAUAUGAUGGACACAGGCCCUGGAACUGGCUACUGGAAAAUGCAACCCGCUGAUGAUCUGGAGACAAAUCUCUGAUAGUGUCAAGCAGGGAUGAAAAAUU